AUGAACGGAAAUCAACGAGUGCGCACGAGCGGGGAGGAUGGGGUUUUUGUUGACAAACAAGCGAAGAAGGGAGGUUUCACCGACGAAGGAGCCCCCACUAGCGGCCAACAACAGUCGUUACACGUUAGGGGAUCCUCUGCGAGUUCAGCGACGGGCUCCGCCUCUUACCGUGCCGCUGCUGGCUUGUUAGGUUGUUACCAGGCAGACAGCCUUUCCAACAUGGCAGCGUCAAGCAACGCAGAGCAAACGCAGUUGCAAGAUAUGGAGGAAGAAGAUGCAGGGAUGGAGGAGAGAGAGAUGGAAUCGGACGAAGAAGAGGAGGAAGGCAUGGGAGUAGAAAAUUCAGACGACGAUGAGGACGAUUCGUCUGAAGACGAGAAGGAAAACGAAGCCGAAAUCCAGCGGCUGGAGGAGCAGCUGUCAAUCAAUGCUUUUGACUACAACUGCCAUGUGGAUCUCAUCAAACUGCUGAAGCAGGAGGGAGAACUUUUCCGACUGCGGAAGGCAAGGCAGAAGAUGAGCGAGCUUUUCCCUCUCACUGAAGAGAUCUGGCUGGAUUGGCUCAAGGAUGAGAUCCGUCUGACUGAGGAAGAGCCAAACCGGGAGAAAGUAUAUGACCUUUUUGAGAGAGCUGUAAAAGACUAUAUCUGUCCAGAUAUCUGGCUUGAAUAUGCUCAGUAUUCAAUUGGUGGCAUGGGCUCACCAGGUGGGAUAGACAAGGUGAGAUCCAUUUUUGAGAGAGCCGUGACAGCUGUGGGGCUUCACAUGACCAAGGGACAGACGGUGUGGGAGGCAUACAGAGAGUUUGAGAACGCCAUCCUAUCCACAGUACAGCCUCCCCCUGGCAGGAUUCCCAGUCGCGAGGAGCAGGAGCUGCUGAACACUCAGCUUGAGCGAAUCCAUACACUGUUCCGCCGCCAGCUGGCCGUCCCCUUAAUGGACAUGGAAGCCACCUACGCAGAGUAUGAGGAGUGGUCUGAACAUGGGGUGCCUGACACGGUCAUACAUCAAUACAAAAAAGCUUUGCAGCAGAUGGAGAAGUGCAAAUCUUUUGAAGAGUCACUGCUUGUGGCAGAGCCUCCCAAGCUGGCAGAAUAUCAGGCCUACAUCGACUUUGAACUAAAGGAGGGCGACCCAGCACGGAUCCAGAUAACCUUUGAGCGGACUCUGGCUGAGAACUGCCUAGUACCAGACAUGUGGGCAAAAUACACCACCUAUCUUGAUCGUCAGCUGAAGGUCAGAGACUUGGUUCUUUCUACUCAUGAACGUGCCGUAAGGAACUGCCCCUGGACCAUGGGUCUGUGGAAGAGUUACCUGCUGGCUCUGGAGAGGCAUGGAGCUGAUCAUCAGGUUGUCUCAGAUGUUUUUGAGAAGGCUCUGAAUGCAGGUUUCAUUCAGGCUACAGAUUAUGUGGAAAUUUGGCAGGCGUACCUCGACUACCUGAGGAGACGUGUGGAUUUCAGUAAAGAAUCAAGUAAAGAGUUGGAGGAGUUACGAGGAGCCUUCUCUCGAUCUCUAGACUACAUGAAGCAGGAUGUGGAAGAGAGAUUUGGUGAAAGUGGAGAUCCCUCUUGUAUAAUAAUGCAGAUCUGGGCAAGGAUAGAGGCCCUCCACUGCAAGAACAUGCAAAAAGCCAGAGAACUGUGGGACAGUAUCAUGACAAAAGGGAACGCCAAAUAUGCCAACAUGUGGCUGGAGUACUACAACCUUGAAAGGUCUUAUGGAGACUCUGUUCACUGUCGGAAAGCUCUUCACAGAGCAGUUCAGUGCACCUCAGACUAUCCAGAGCACGUCUGUGAAGUCCUGCUCACCUUUGAGAGGGUGGAAGGUUCUCUGGAGGACUGGGAUGUUGCAGUGCAGAAGACAGAGACCCGGCUGAACAGGAUUAAUGAGCAGCGAGCAAAGGUGGCUGAGAAAGAAGCCAACCUGGCUCGCCAAGAGGAGGAGAGAGCUGAGCAGCGGCGGAAAGCCAAGUCGGACAAGAAGGCUCAGAAGAAAGUCCAGAAGGGAACUCGAUUCGGGGAGAAGAGGAAAGCGGAGCAGGAUGAUUAUCAGGACGAAUGGAAUGACGAUUCAGAACAAGCCCCUAAAAGGCACAGAGGAAAUGGGGACCAAACCACAGAGGAGUACAUGGAGACCGAGACAGGACUUUUUGGGAGAAAUGCUCCUCCAGGCUAUAAGCCUGCUCCACCUGGCACUAAGAAAGACCAGGCGGCGGCGGCGGCUGCCCAGAGGCACAACGAUGACAAGCCUGAGCUUCGAAAUGAUAACAGCAGCGUUUUCAUCAGCAACUUGGCAUACACCCUGGAGGAGCCAGAGACAAAGCUCAGGACACUGUUCGAGACCUGUGGUCCCAUCAAACAGAUUCGCCCUGUCUUCAGCAACAGAGGCAGCUUCAAAGGUUACUGCUAUGUACAGUUUGAAUCCCCAGUGUCGGUCGCUGAAGCCCUGAAGCUGGACAGACGCGAGGUGGAGGGCAGGCCCAUGUUUGUGUCACCUUGUGUGGAUAAAAACAAAAACCCUGACUUUAAGGUGUUUAAAUACAACACAUCAAUGGAGAAACACAAAAUCUUCAUCUCUGGGCUGCCGUUUUCGUGCACUAAAGAGCAGCUGGAGGAAAUCUGCAAAAUUCACGGCACCAUCAAAGAAGUUCGUCUGGUCACAUAUCGCUCAGGGAAACCCAAGGGUCUGGCAUAUGUUGAGUUUGGAGAUGAAACCCAGGCGUCUCAGGCAGUACUGAAAAUGGACGGGAUGGAAGUAGGGGACAACAAAAUCUCUGUGGCUAUAAGUAACCCUCCUCGCAGAAACCUGAUGGAUAAACCAGGGUCCAGCAGAACCACGACAGACAUGAUGCCUCGCCAGGUCUUCGGAUCGAGAGGAAGAGGACGCACCCAGCUGUCACUGCUCCCUCGUUCCCUGCACCGACAAAGCGGGGCUGUGAGCAAGGUUGAGAACGGAACCGCGGCCGAGCAGGUGCCGGCGGCAGCCAGCGUGUCAGUGAACGCGCCCUCAGAGACGAAACCUUUGUCAAAUUCAGACUUUGCCAAGAUGCUUCUCAACAAGUGAGAGGACGAGCGAGAUAAACUACGACCGCCUUCACACUGAAAGCCAUCUUGUGUCCUUACAAAUUAGUGUUGGUGAUUUAUUUCUGUAAUUGGUUACCUGACUUCCCUUUAAUCUCAGUCUUGUUCUCAUCGUCCGUUCUGCGAGAUUUGCCUUAAUCGCCGAGCUCCUGCCCUCCAUCACAAACCCUUUUCAACCGAGACUUCUCACCAUUGUGACGGAUUGUUUUUGUUGGGUGUUUGAAGGUGGCUGGCAGGCUAUUUUAUAUUUAAAAAAAGUGUAUCAUAUUUGUGUGUAAAUAUACUGUAUCUAAAAUUGUAAGCCUUU